UAACACGAGGCUUGUUUCCUUCCCAGGAGCUGUGUUCCAGUCCCCAGUUCAUAGCUGGUGGAGCCACUCGCACGGACAUCUGCCAAGGGGCCCUAGGAGACUGUUGGCUCUUGGCCGCUAUUGCCUCUCUCACUCUGAAUGAAGAAAUACUGGCCCGUGUCGUUCCCAAAGACCAGAGCUUCCAGGAUAACUAUGCAGGCAUUUUCCAUUUCCAGUUCUGGCAGUAUGGGGAGUGGGUGGACGUCGUGGUGGAUGACAGGCUGCCCACCAAGAACGGGGAGCUGCUCUUCGUGCACUCAGCGGAGGGCAGUGAGUUCUGGAGUGCACUGCUGGAGAAGGCCUACGCCAAGCUGAACGGAUCAUACGAGUCUCUCUCUGGUGGCACCACCACUGAAGGUUUCGAGGACUUCACCGGUGGAAUUGCAGAAUGGUAUGAGCUGCAGAAGGCACCACCCAACCUCUUCAAAAUCAUUCAGAAGGCUCUUCAGAAAGGCUCUCUCCUUGGCUGCUCCAUCGAUAUCACCAGUGCGGCAGAGACGGAGGCAGUCACUUCCCAAAAGCUGGUGAAGGGACACGCGUACUCAGUCACUGCGGCAGAGGAGGUGAACUUCCGAGGAACAGUGCAGAAGCUGAUCAGAAUCCGAAAUCCCUGGGGGGAAGUGGAGUGGACUGGAAAGUGGAACGACAACUGCCCAAACUGGAAUGGCGUCGACCCUGAGGUGCGGGAGCAGCUGACAAGGAGGCAUGAAGAUGGGGAAUUUUGGAUGGCGUUCAACGACUUCUUGAGGCAUUACUCCCGCCUGGAGAUCUGCAACCUGACUCCAGACACUCUGGCAAGCGACAAGUACAAGAAAUGGAGCCUGCUGAAGUUGGAUGGGAACGGGAGGCGAGGAGCCACUGCGGGGGGCUGCAGGAAUUACCCAAACACUUUCUGGAUGAAUCCACAGUAUUUAAUCAAGCUGGAGGAAGAAGAUGAGGAUCCUGAUGAUCCUGAGAGGGGCUGCACUUUCCUCAUUGGCCUAAUUCAGAAGCACCGGCGGAAACAGAGGAAGAUGGGAGAGGACAUGCAUACCAUCGGCUUUGCGAUUUAUGAGGUGCCCCCCGAGUUUUCUGGCCAGACAAAUAUUCAUCUGAGCAAAAACUUUUUCCUGACCAACAAAGCAAGAGAAAAAUCGAACACCUUUAUCAACCUCCGAGAAGAGCUGAACCGGUUCAAGCUCCCUGCAGGAGAAUAUAUCAUCGUACCCUCAACCUUCGAACCCAACAAGAAUGGGGAUUUCUGUCUGCGUGUCUUCUCUGAAAAAAACGCAAACUCCACGGUUAUAGAUGAUGAAAUUGAGGCCAAUUUUGAUGAGACUGAGAUCAGUGAAGAUGACAUUGAACCCAGCUUUAAAAAGCUUUUUGGACAGCUAGCAGGAAGUGAUGCAGAGAUCUCCGCCUUUGAACUGCGCAACAUCUUGAAUAAAGUCAUGGCUAAACGCCAAGAUAUUAAAUCUGAUGGCUUUAGUAUCGAGACAUGCAAAAUAAUGGUUGACCUGUUAGAUAAUGAUGGGAGUGGUAAACUGGGACUGAAGGAAUUCCACACCCUCUGGACAAAGAUUCAGAAAUACCAGAAAAUUUAUAGGGAAAUUGAUGUGGAUCGAUCCGGUACCAUGAAUUCGUAUGAGAUGAGGAGAGCACUGGAAACUGCAGGGUUCAAACUGAACUGCCAGUUACAUCAAAUCAUUGUGGCUCGUUUUGCUGAUGAAGACCUCAUCAUCGACUUUGAUAACUUUGUCCGGUGUUUGAUUCGGCUGGAAACUUUGUUCAAAAUGUUUAGAAAACUGGAUACUGAAAAAACUGGAACCAUAGAAUUGAAUCUCGUUAAUUGGCUGUGCUUUACUGUCAUUUGAGCUACUGCUCUCAUCUCAAGAGAUCUCAAAAAAGAGCAAGUUCAGAAGAAGAUAAUCAAGCAAACAUACAA